AUGUUUUUCCGUAAGCUCAGUUUAUCAGGGUCAUGUGACUACAAAAAGCCUCCGGCUUAUAAUCAGAACGACGAUUUAAACCAUCUGCCCGUUGUGCUUGACCAAAGAAUCUCUCCAGCAGGACCGAAAAUUAAUCCCUUUAACGGUGGGGAUAACAAUUCUGGUGGGUCCUCUCGGCCAAUUAUUUCAUUGAAGAGCCUUAAAAGGCAGAACGUUAAUGUAUCAUCAUCCUUCCUAUAUAAUGCAUUUGAUGAAUCACUGAAUCCGACCAAAAAAAUUCAUGAUUCGAACACCAUGAGGGUUGAGUUAGUCUUGGAUAACGAUACUGUAUACUUACCUGGUUUGAAAGAGGAUUUAAGAUCGCAUACCUCUUUAAUGGAUUUGAACCGUUAUCCAGGUGAAGAAGAAGAAUUAUCCAACUAUAAGGCUUCGUUGACAGGGAAAUUAGUCAUUACUGUGAAAUCUACGUCUUUGAUAGUCCAAGAUUUGAAAGUGAGAUUGAACGGUUACUCAAGGGAGUAUAUCUGUGUUUUGGGGUCGAAUAAGGGCCAAACUCAAAAUGACCUAACAGAUUCCGACGAUACAGAAGAUGACCUUUUCUACGUUCAAAAGAAAAAAGAUAGAUCGGUUAGACUCUUGAAAGAUAAUUCUAGUGACAAUUUCAGUUCUUUCAAACCUUUUGUCACUGAUGAGAUCUCAUGCUUUGAAAAAUUCCCUAUGGUGUUGACGAAAGGUACAUAUAUCAUUCCAUUCACAUUCAUUUUGGAUCCCUUCAAUUAUCAUUCUUCGUUUGAUUCACUGGUUGGUGCAACAUCUUACAGAAUCGAAACUUUAAUGACUGUGUUACCACCAUUUAAUGGUACCUCUUCAAUUAAUAACUAUUGUAAUACCCAAUUAGCUUCUAAGUUCUCAGAAACUAUCUUUUUAACGCAUAAAUUUCUGAUCACUAAGACGUUGUCCCCAUCAUCACUUUUAAAAUAUGAAUCAAUCAGUUCACAGGGAACUUAUGACGAAGGGUUCUUAGAUUAUGAUUUUUUCAUAUCUUCUAAGCUGAUUGAACUAAACUGUCCAUUUCACUGUCAGUUUAAUUUUCUGACGAAAAUGGGAGCUAAAGUCACCAAGGUCACAGUUUCCCUAGUGCAGCUUGUUCUGAUACCAUGCCUCAAAUCAGAUGGCAUUACACCCUUGAAGAAAUCGUAUAUCCAAACUAAUACCGUCCAUUUGGGUCAUUAUUUUCCCACUCCAAAUGAUAACGAAUCGAAGCUGGUAACUGCUAAAUUCGAAGAACUUGUAAUUAACACAAACUCUAAAACAAGUUCCUUAAUGACUAAGAUCUUGCCAUACUACUGUGAGGAAUCAAGGUUAAGGUUAAGCAGGAGGAACUCAACUGAGAAACGUUUUAAACUUAAGAUUACCCAUCAUUUAAAGAUAACUGCUGGUACAUCUCUGGAAGAUUGUACUAACGGCACUUUUCCUGACAAAACAAGACGUAUUAACAUUAAUUUCAAGGUGCCCGUUAUGAUAAUUGAUAAAAAUAUGGGUUCCAGCUUGCAUUUACCAGCUUACGAACCAGCUAUGGAUGGUAAAGCCAUGCCCGUUUCCAUUGGUAGUGAAUUUGAUCAAACAAAUAAUUCAUCUCUGAUAUACAUUCCUUCAACUUCAUCUAGCUGCUCUCCGCCAAGUUAUAACAGCUUAGGUUUCUGA